AUGGGGGGAAAUAAUGCUGAGACGGAUGAGCGUGUAAUCCUUAGUCUGCCAUCAGGAUAUUUUUCAGGGGCGCAAAUUGGUGAAAAAGGUAUGCUAUUAAAGUGAUUGUGUUUUCUGAAUUAACUUAAAAUACAAUUGCAAUAACGACGAGGACGUUGUUCAGAUGAUGAUUAUGGUGAUGGUGAUGAUGACGACGAUUGUAUUGAUGAUGAUUAUUCUUUGCAAGGUAUGGUGUUGUGUACAGUAGCUUUUCGUGACUUACAUCCGGGACUUGUAUCCAGGACUUAUUAAAAUGAGAGAGCGCGUAAGAAGUGAUGUUUUUAGGAAGAUUUAUAGUCACUUUUACGGCAAACGUGAAUUUGUAUCACGUGACCAGGUUUCCCCUUAACUUGUGCUUUACUGUUCAUUACCUCUACCCCAAAAAUUAGUAGCUUCGCUUUUGCUUUGUCUAUAACAAUUGUUUUGAACUGUUUUUAGUGGAAAGUUUUCAAUUUUGAGAAAUUCUUAACUUAAAGUUAACGAUUUAACCGAUUUCUAUGAUUUUUGGCAUUUCUUAAUAAAGAAUGGUGAAACUUAAAGAAAUUGUUAUCUAUUUUCUUGUACGAGUAAAAAAAAAAGUUUGAGGUAUCGGCAUAUAUUUAAAACCGCAUUUUUGCAAAAAUGUAAAUAACUUCGAAAUCCUACGACAGAUUUUUACCUAACUUCGGCAAAUAAGCCUUAGAGCUCUUUAGUUUCAUAUCUGCAAGUUUGAAGUUAUUCGUGUUUCAAUCGUGCGAAUACAGUUAGCACUACAAGAAGAACAACUUUUUGCUGAGUGCGCAGUGAAAUUAAAGAACUGCUAUUCAUCAAACUUACUUUGUAUUUGUUCCUCUCUUUUUGAAACAAAUCUUAACAAAGCAAAAUAUAGCAUCUACGAAAAACUCUCGAGAGUUUUUAGCGUCUCAUGUUCCCGUUUUGAGGAGAAAUAAAAGCCACCAACUCCCGUAGUUCUAACCCAUCCAUUUUUCAGCUGCAAUUAAAACCCUUGUAUUUGGUAAUUUAUUUAAGAUCAUUAGAUUUGCCAUCACAUUCGCACGGGAAGUUUUCCACUUGAGGAUAAAGAUAAAGUAAGAAAUGACAACCGUCUUAUUCUUCUCAUUAUCCCUAAUGGCAAACUGCACUUGCAAAUGUGAUGGCAAGUCUAAAAAGCGUGAAUAAAUUACCUAGUGCAAGUCAGAGUUUUCAUUGCAGAUAAAAAAUGGCUGGUUACAAGUACGUACUGGAGUUGAUGGCUUUAUUUUUCCUCAAAACGGGAACCUUCAUGAACAGAGCCAGAAUCUCCAAAGAAAACUGUUCCUCAGAGUAAAACUGGUGAAAAGUUUCCGAUAAUUUCGUAACUUUGUUGUGGAUGUUGUAAGGAAUUUUAAAGUUUUGUUAUGCCUUCUAAUUUUGGGAGAUGCUUGGAAAAUGAAGAUAACACUUCCAAAUAAAUUAUUCCAUCAUUGAAUUAUUUGUUUUUUUUGUUUAUUUAGUUGCAUGUUUUUGAGUUUUUUUAUCCUAUGUAAUUCUAAACUAGUGAUUUUUCGCGAAAACUGGCAGUUAAAGGUCACGUGACCUGAUUUACAUAUUCCAUUACACGGAGUUGUACAAAAUUUUGAGCUCAUUUUUCUGUACAAGGCCUUAACUUUCAACCGUCAAAAUUGGAAAAAAAAUUAACGGGCAACCGUCAAACCUACCACUCCAUUGAGCCCCUUUUUGGGUGACACCCAUUGGAAAACAAUCUGAAUAAGCAUGUCUCUGAUUAUUUUUAAGGUGUAUGGCCAUAUCUGUCAAAGGUCACCUUACCGUCAAUGGUUCCAGAUUUUAUUGGAAGACAAGGCGAGUGUGAGGAGAUCAUCCAAGAUUUGACCUCCAAAUCAGUCCAAAUUGUGACGAUAUCGGGUUCGGCUGGAAUAGGGAAAACAUCACUUGCAAUUGCAGUAGGGCACUCUCUCCGGUCUCAGGGAUGUCCUGUUUGUUAUACUUCAUUGCGAAGGGUCUAUUCAAAAGACGAUCUUAUUUCAGAGUUUCUUAGCGUUUUAAGGCAACCUAACAUAAAUGGUCAACCCUUCCAUCAAAGUGUAUCGCUUGAUGAUAAGUUGCGACAAAUGGUCAGUCUAAUAGGGAACCGAUCUUUGCUUAUUCUUGAUGAUGCUGAUGAAUUGUUUGACGGUGGCUCGUCGAAAGUGAAGGAAGAGGUCGCAUUGCUUUUUGAAGAACUUAUGCAAAAUCAAGGGGUGGCAUUCCUCUUAAUCUCGAGGAAGCCUCUUGAGUAUUUGAACAACCGUUUUGAAGGCCACCGAGAUUUCAGGAUAGGACCGCUGGAUGAGACCUCUGCUCAAUCCUUACUUUAUCGAUUACUUCCAGAUACAACAGCGGCAGACUGCGCGCAAAUCUCUCGAGCCUGUGGGCAAGUUCCUCUAGCCUUGCAAUUAAUGUGCUCUUUAAUACGUGAAAGUUCCACUCAGCCACGCCAAAUUUUAGAUGACGUCUUAAAGUCUUCUAUUGAGGAUAUGGAGAAGAUAAUGAACAAUCCAGAGUACGUACCUAGUUGUCAAAUACCAUUUGAAUCCUAUAUUGAAUCCUCUUACAAGAGUCUCUCUAAGCAAGAACAAGAAGCACUAAUAUGUUUGAGUCUUCUUUCUGCCAGUUUCAGUACAGAGGAAGCUGUAGCUGAGUUGGAUUUGAAAGAGGGUUUCAAAGCCAAGGAGAUAUUACAAAGCCUUCGAAGUAAGUCUCUGAUUGAUUUUAGCCCUAAACAUCAGUCAUUCACAAUGCACAAAGUGAUACAAACAUUUGCGAGAAAAAAGAAGGAGGAGGUGUUCGAGACUAAUCCUCACUCAAAGGUUCGACUUACAUUUGACUCACCGACUAAGCUCAUGAGAGAGGAGCACAAAAGUACUAAGGACUGUAACUUUUCACUGGUGAUCCCACAGAGUGCAAUAAAUGACUUCCCCGCAACUCCACUUUCUCACCAGCGUGCUCAAGAAAUUCUAGAGUUUCACCAGCGUGCACUUGAACUGUUUGCGGAAAAAAAUGCCUCCACUGCUGACUACUAUUAUUCCCUUGGCAACACCCAAAAUAAGAUGAAUGAUUUAAGCUCAGCUCUUAAGUCUCAGCAGCAUGCUCUUGACAUCCGUCUACAACUGUAUGGGGACAACCAUGCCUCCUCUGCCGACAGUUAUUAUUCCCUUGGCAACACCCAAUUUAAGUUGAAAGAUUUCACCUCAGCUCUAGAGUCUCAUAAGCGUGCUCUUCGUAUCCGUCUAGAUUUGUUUGGGGAAAAAUAUGCCUCCACUGCUGACAGCUAUUAUUCCCUUGGUAACACACAAUAUCAGAUGAAUGAUUUCACCUCAGCUCUAGAGUCUCACGAACGUGCUCUUGAUAUUCGUCUAAACCUAUUUGGGAGAGAACAUGCAGGAACUGCUGACAGUUACUUUUCGCUCGGUAUCACCCAGUAUGAGAUGGGUGACUUCCCCUUGUCUCAACAGUCACACCAGCAUGCACUUAAUAUCCGUCUGAAUCUGUUUGGAGAGGACCAUGCAAGAACUGCUGACAGCUAUAGAGAACUAGGUUUAACAUCAGCCCACCUGUAUGCUUUCAACUCAAUUGUGCAACGUCGCCAAUGCCCUCUUGCUAUUUUUCUAAAACUGCACUCUGUCUUGGAGAAAAACAAGCAAGCGGAAUUUCGUAGUAAACGCUCAGAGUAG